AUGGCGAAUUCAAAAUUUGAGUAUGUUCGCGAGUUCGAACAGCCCGAUUAUCUGCUACGAAACACAUGGAUCGUGGUUCGUGUGGACGGCAGAGCCUUCACUAAGAUGUGUGCGAGAUAUGGAUUUGAGAAGCCGAAUGACCGCAGAGCUCUUGACGUCAUGAACGCGGCUGCCAAAGCCGUUGUCGCUGACCUUCCAGAGAUUACCAUCGCGUACGGCGUCAGUGAUGAGUAUAGCUUUGUCCUUCACAAAUCUUGCAAUUUAUUUGAGCGAAGAGCAAGUAAACUGGUCAGCACCAUCGCAUCGACGUUCACGGCAAACUAUGUCCACUGCUGGCCAAAUUAUUUCCCGGGUACACCACUUUCAUUCCCCCUGCCCACAUUCGAUGGGCGCGCUGUUUGCUACCCAACCAUUCAGAAUCUGCGAGACUACAUGAGCUGGCGUCAGGCGGACUGUCACAUCAAUAAUCUGUACAAUACCACCUUUUGGUCUCUGGUUCAGCUUGGCGGAUUGGAUAAUAAGGAAGCAGAGAAGACGCUUGCGGGUACAUUGGCUGCCGAUAAGAAUGAAAUUUUAUUCUCUCGUUUCAAAAUCAACUACAAUAACGAGCCGGAGAUUUUCAAAAAAGGAAGCGUCGUGUUCCGAGAUUACGAACUCGUUGACCCAGAAAGCCACAAAACGUCAGAUGCAGUAGAUGCGCUGGCGGAACCUGUUGAGCAGUCCAAGACGCAGAAUGAAAACGACAAGAAGCGCCGGUCCAAGGCGCGAAUCGUGGUCGAGCAUUUGGAUAUCAUUCGCGACGAUUUCUGGGACCAAAGACCAUGGAUAUUGUCAAACAAGCCGGGCAAGGUUCCCAAGGAAACGUAA